AUGGGGGGCAUCCUGAGAGGACAGAAGGGCCGCAGCUCCAGGUGCAGUCUUGCUGUGGCCCUUCAGACUCUCCUUGCUCUCUCUGGUGCAGCAUUUUUAGUCGCUUCUGCCUCUACGACGGAGUCUCAGGUGUACCUAAAGAGGCAGAACGAGGCCAGCGCCGCGAACGCAGAGGGCCUCCCAUGUACUACCGGCCUGAGAGACGCCAUUAACGCCGCGAUUCUGCAAGCGCACAGCGAGCACUUUGUGCCGAACGUGUUGAUGCAACGUUACAAGACAGUGCCUUAUGUGCCACUGCUGGCAUGCCCUCCGUACACGGGGCCUUCAGGCCCUUCCUUCUGGCCUGAACUUUCGGAUCUGCAUCCCUCCGAUCUUCUCCUCAAGGUGCUCAACCGUCAGUCGCUUAGGGUAGCCUCCUACGGGCCGCCCCCCUCGAAGGACGAGGACAAACUCGGAGCAAGCAGAGCUGCACGCGGAUACAACUGGGGGCAUGAAGGGGAUUACAGCAAGCCGCAGAUUUCAGGGUUCCUCCCUGACUAUUUGCGUCACUUGGCAGAACUGAUCUCUGCCAAGUACAAAGUGCCCCUACGCGUUGAAUGGGUCUUUUACACAACGGGCACGGCGUGUCUCCUCUCCGUAAUCAAUGGAGAGACGGACAUGACAGACAUCUACUUCCUCCAGUCACUGCCUGAUGAAGACACGCUUCCCCUCAAGCAGGCCCUUUCUUCCCCCACGGCCGCAGCCACUUCCGCCGCGGCUACUCACCAGACACCUCCUCUUAUGGCCGAACACUUUUACAGGACUUGCCCUGUGGUGGCGUCUAGCGCUUCCUUUGUCUGCAAGAAAGACAUGCAGGUUGAGACAAUAGGUGACAUUGCAGUGUACAUACGGGGUCACCCGCAAAGCGCCAGAGUGGCGUACCUCACUGCCGCGAACAAGCGCACUCUCCACUUCCUGCUACCUCCAGAAACUGAUUUCGUUAUUCUCACAAGUAAGAGAGCGGCAGGGAGAGAGGGGCUGGCUACAUUUCACUUUGUGUGGCGAGGGGAUGGCCUCGGAGCCGAACAGUCGUGGCUAGGCUGA